AUGGCGAAAUUUAACUAUACAGGGCGCAAAGUCCAGGGGAUAAAGGCAGGACAGGCAGUCUCGAAGGAUCUUAAAAAGCGAAUUCCACCUGGGAUUGGAGCAAAGGCAGCGGCAAGAGAUCCUCAUGUGGAGAUCGAUCUGACAGGCAAAGAAGUCACCGACGAGGGAUUUGCAGUUUUCGUAGAUGAUCUUAUAAAUUGCAUUCAGUAUCGCGAUGCAGAGCAUCCUGAUGGCAUCGUCCACCUAACUGAGAUCGCGAUAAAGGGCAAUGCAUUGACGGUCGCAUCUAUGGAGAAGUUGGGCCGUGUCAUCGCGCUCAGCAAUGACAGCUUGACACAGGUGGACAUCUCAGACAACCAGAUUUCUGUUACUUCUAGAAAAGAGAGAGACGUGUGGCAGAGAUUUCUUGAGUCAUUUCAGGGAUGCUACCUGCUAAGGAAAGUUGACUUCAGUGGCAAUCCUUUUGGGGGCGGGGGUUUCGACGUGUUUGCCAGAGUCUACACGCAAAGCGAUCUGGAUUUUGUCGUCGAACCUCUCAACAACGAUGGAGUAAAUAUGUCUGUCGAUACUGAUAGGGUGGAAACAACCAGCCAAGCCACGGGUACCGUUGGUCUGAACCAAGACAAAGAGAAUAGGAGACCCCGAGGGGACCAGAAACCAUUGACACGAAAUAACAGCUGCCAUCAAGAUGCUUUGAAGGGUUUUGGAUCCCCAGCCAGCCAUCAAAAAGUGCAAGCCACGGAUAAGACCAGAUAUUCAAGUUCACGAGGCCUUCGAUCAGUCCCACAAAUGCAUGCACGUUUCACCUCUGGACUCUUGUUCUUGCUCACCGCCAACCAGAUAAGCUGUUACAGUUUCUCCCACCUGGGAAACCAGUGGCAUCCCUGGAGGAGGCUUAACACUGAGAACGGCAUUGUGUACACACCGUCCAAAGAACUAAGUGCACUGGGGCUAAGACUGCUUAACCUUGGCAUUGAAUUCCGCCAGCAAAAUUCCGAAGCCGAUGUAGAAGUGACAGCAUCCCAGGUCUUCGACGACGACGACAACAAGUUAGAAGAGUCUGAAAUCACAAAACAGAGAGAGUUACGAAGAAAGCAUAAUAUCGAGAUGGAGCGAGUGAAGAAUCACCUGCUUUUGGAUGUUCUCAAGACCGAAAGUGUAUACAUUUCUGAUAUUUGGGUCGUAGCAUUCAAAAUGAUGAGAGUCGCCCGUGCAAUCUUGCUCGAUGGCAGUACAAGACUGAAACCCUAUGAGAAGAAUCUCAUUGAAGAGAAUCAGAAAAAUGAAUAUUUGUUUGCACCAAGCAGUGAAGGGUUUCUGAAAGAUUUCCCUACUAUCCAGGAAACGCUGGAGUGGAACAACCAGGAGAGUUUGACUUCAUGGGGUUCGUGGUUAUCUCAGCGAGGUGCACAGAUUGUGUCGGGCCGCAGGCGUUCAGGUGCCCACAGCGAAUCAAUGACCGGCACUAGAAAGAGGAUUUCAAAGACUGUAAAGAGAGGCGAUGUUGGUCGGUUUGGUUUACCAAUGGAUCUGUGGCGCAAAAUCAUUGCAGAAGCCAUGGGAGCUUCUGAUAUUUUGACAGCAGACCAACAGAUGCAGGUUCUUCGGUAUGCAUCGAGCUGGCAAGCUAUAAAGCAAGAACUGAGGAUUAGAGGAGGCACAGAGUUUGAACAUAUAUGGAAGAUCCUAAGCUCAAUGGGAUGUCUAACAUACGACCAUCACUGA